UGUCCUGCAUGUCCAGCCCGGGUAACGCAGGAUCCAGGGAGAUACAGUGGAUCUAUGUGUGUACAUUCCUUUAAGCCCUUCUUCCUGAAGGGAUGGAGUAGUUACUGUGCAGGAGUAAUCCCAAAGACAUUGAGGGGGGAGGGAGGGGGCCAGGAAAUCCCUAUUAAAAAUUGUGUUUUGUGCCUUUAAUUUUGUAUGGCUUUGUUAGUAUGUACCUUUAUUAUUCCUGUUAUAGCAUGUAACAGUGCUACCAUCAUUUCUUCAUGGUUUAUUCCCACAGUUGGAUAGAAUGUGCAAAGAUCUUGGAAGAUGGGUCCUGAAAUACAGAAAAUGAGGGAAGUUGUCCUUGUCUACCUUGACAGAAGUGGUGGCCUUCAGAAAUUUGUGCAUGAUUGCAAAAAAUAUAAUGACUCAAAACAAAGUUACGCUGUUUAUCGUUUCAUUAUUUCAAUUAAUCCUUCUGACAUUGCUGAACUAGAUGCAACUCUUGGAAACUAUAUUCUUCAUAAUCCCCUACAAGCUGCACAGAUUUUUCAGUCAGUAUGCUUUGUAGCUAUUAAGACAUUAUCAUUAAUUGAACAAUUGCAGACAGAAGCCCAGAUCAGUAUAUUGCUGAAACCAACACAUUUGCCACCUUUACCAAGUUAUGUUCUGAGUCUUUCUGCGUAUCCCUUUAAUUACACGUCUCAAAGAUUUUAUAUGUCUGAAGGGAUAGUGAUUGCAAUGGGAACUGUAACAAAAUACACACAAGGAGCAAGAUUUCUUUGUACUGAGGAAACCUGCCCAUUCUCUGAAGGGUUUAGGUGCAUCAGAGUGCAUUGUCCUGGAGCUACAGAGUCUGCUACAGUGAGGACUGAUUUUGUGUGUAGCUUGUGUUCUUCACCACUUCAGGAAGACAUGAAAUUUAGAGUACUUGGUGAUAAACAAAUAGUUGAAAUGAUUGAUGCUAAAAUUCUGAAUGCUUUGAAAGGAUAUUCCAUUGAUAAAUCACAUUUUAGGAUUCAGGCAUUUACAUUGUUCUUGAGAGAUGAACUGGCCAAUAAAAUGUCAAUAGGAAACCACUACAGGAUUAUAGGAAUUCCAGCUUGUGUACAAAAUGGCUUACAAGUGACUGCGUGUAUAGAAGUCAAUAGUGUACAGCUCUAUAAACCAAAUGGUCCUUCUUUUGUCAGUGACAAUUUUAAGUAUCUGCUCUCACUGACUUCAAGUUCAUGCUGGAGGUUCACUGCUGUCCUGGCAAACAUCUUUGCAUCUCAAGUUGUUCCACCAGGCACUUACAAUACUCUUAAACUUGCAAUAUUGCUGAGUCUAGUACAGACAUGUGAAAAAGAAAAUGCAGAUUAUCUGGAUCUCUUGAUUAUGACAAGUGACACACUAGUAAUUGACAGGCUUCUGAAUUACAGUUUAUGUCUUCUGCCUCGUGGCAUACGACACCCACCUUCCAGUGACAUUUUUCCUUCUGUGUCCAAAGAUAAACAUGGAACUGGAAGUGCCAGUAUUCAAGCCUGCAGUGCUGUGCUAGCCAAGGGUGGCAUCUGUUAUAUAGGAGACUUAAGUUCAUAUAAAAAGGAUAAACUGGAACUUCUACAGUCUGUGCUAGAGAGCAGAACAACAACAGUAUUUAUUCCUGGGAAGAAGUAUGGAGAAGAGGCUGACCAACAAGUUACGGUUUCAGUUCAGACCAACUUUUGGUCCUUUGUAGAUGUGGACUCUUCCUCAAAGAAACAUAUACAAAAGGAGAACUUUCUAAUUGGACAGAUGGAUGUGAGUUUGAUUCCAGUUAACCUUGUAGAUGGUUUUGGGCUCUUGAUCUACAAUGAGUUUCCUUCCUGUCGCCUCUCUUCCCCUGUUGUACAUCAUACUUUGAAAAAAGCCAUUAAUCCUGAAGCCACACUGUACAAAGUCUCACAGCAGUUCAGAACACAGGAUUACGAGGAGUUUAUUUUGUUUGCUAGGAAUCUUCAUGCUGAACUGAGUUCAGAAGCAGAAAGUCUCAUUCAGGGCUAUUAUCUUGCAAGUCGCAGGGUGAGAAGAGAUUCCAUUCAUGGAUCAUCAUUAUCAGCCUCUGCACUAAAAAUUCUGAUUUCACUGGCCAAAGCUCAUGCCAAGCUCAGUUUAAGACAGAGAGUACUUGAGGAAGAUGCAGUGAUUGCAGUCUUGUUACUCGAGUCAUCGCUGACCCUAAAACAUGGCACAUCUGUACUAUGUGUAGCACCAAAUCCUGUGUUUCCAUUUGACCUCAGUGAUGAAAACUGCCUGCAAGAGAGAGAUAUUUACCUCAUGCAGUGUCACCAUCAACUGCUGAAAUUUAUUACUGCCUAUAGCCCAGGAAUUCACAUUAACACUAAUGAAGAGUAA